AUGGGAGCCGGAGGCUUCGGAGUUCUGGGUUGGCGCCUGGGGCCCUACGUGCCGGAUUUCCCUUCCGAUAGCAAGCAGAUUAUUCCCUGGGGCAUCGUUCUCGCGAUAGUUGGGCUUCCACUGGGUGCAAUUGUCACCCCUUAUUUGCUGCUGCGGCCCUGGCGAAAGGCUGUCAAUCACAUUAACUCCAUUCCUGGUUCCACGCUCUUGUCCGCCUGCUUUGGUGCGCUGGUGGGCCUCGUAUUCGCGGCUUUAAUCUCUAUCCCGUUCUAUAACAUCAAUGGCUGGAUGGCCUGGGGCAUUCCUAUAGUGGUGAGCGUGUCCCUGGGCUUGAUGGGCCUUGUCCUCGGUGGUGUCCGUGGCAGAGACGUUCAGGCUGUAUUCCCCGCUUUGGAGAACACCAACCACACCAACGGUGUUGCCCAUGAAGGCCGUAACGGCAAGAUACUGGUGGACACCAGCGUAAUCAUCGACGGCCGGAUCGCCGACCUGACCGGUACCGGAUUCCUUGAAGGAACCCUGGUAGUUCCCCGCUUCAUUCUUGACGAACUGCGUCACAUUGCCGACUCCAGCGAUCCUUUGCGCCGCAACCGCGGUCGUCGUGGGCUGGAAGUGCUGGGCCGACUACGCCGGGACGACAGCAUCACCCUGGACAUCCUGGACGUGGGCAUUACCAAUGGUGACGAGGUUGACUCCAUGCUGGUGCAGAUGGCCCGCACCAUGAAGUGCCCGAUCCUGACCACCGACUAUAACCUCAAUAGGGUGGCGGAAUUUCAGGGUGUGCAAGUGCUUAACGUCAACGAACUGGCCAACGCCCUCAAGUCCAUUGUGCUGCCUGGCGAGGAAAUGCGCGUCAAUAUUGUCCAGGAGGGCAAGGAACUGGGCCAGGGGGUGGCCUACCUGGACGAUGGCACCAUGGUAGUGGUCGAGGGUGGCAAGCGUUACAUCAACGCCUUCCACGACGUUACCGUAACCCGGGUGCUGCAGACUGCGGCCGGUCGCAUCAUUUUUGCCCAGUCAAAGAACAACUAA